CGCGAGGCCCGGCGGCGGCGGCGGCGGGUGGCGGUGGCAGCAGCUCGCGGCGUUGGCGGCCGACCCCGGUCGCGCGGCGGCGGGAGGAGCCCCGGGCCGAGGCCGCCCCGGGAGUGCUGUCAGGCGGCACCAACAUGGCUGCGGGCCUGCGAGCUGCGGGCGCCUGGCUCCGCGAGCGGCUGAUGCAUGGCGGCUCAAGGGCCCACCAGCCAUGGAGGUGCCAGUCGAUUGGAGCCACGGCGGUGGCUGCCACAGAAACAGCCCAACGUGCCAGAAGCCUGAAACCUCAAGUUCAACCGGGGAAGAGGAAGCCGAAAACGGGAAUAUUAAUGCUAAACAUGGGAGGCCCUGAAACCGUGGGAGAUGUUCACGACUUCCUUCUGAGGCUCUUCUUGGACCGAGACCUCAUGACACUUCCUAUUCAGGACAAGCUGGCACCAAUCAUCGCCAAACGCCGAACCCCCAAAAUUCAGGAGCAGUACCGCAGGAUUGGAGGCGGGUCUCCCAUCAAGAUGUGGACCUCCAAGCAAGGAGAAGGCAUGGUGAAGCUGCUGGAUGAGUUGUCCCCACACACAGCCCCUCACAAAUACUAUAUCGGAUUCCGGUAUGUCCAUCCUUUAACAGAAGAAGCGAUUGAAGACAUGGAGAGAGAUGGGAUCGAAAGGGCCAUCGCCUUCACGCAGUAUCCGCAGUACAGCUGCUCCACCACAGGGAGCAGCUUGAAUGCCAUUUACAGAUACUAUAACAAGGUGGGAAAGAAGCCUGCGAUGAAGUGGAGCACCAUUGACAGGUGGCCCACACACCCCCUCCUCAUUCAGUGCUUUGCAGACCACAUAGUGAAAGAGCUGGACCACUUUCCACUUGAGAAGAGAAGUGAGGUGGUCAUUCUGUUUUCUGCUCACUCGCUGCCGAUGUCUGUGGUCAACAGAGGGGACCCCUAUCCUCAGGAGGUUGGCGCCACUGUGCAGAGAGUCAUGGAUAAGCUGGGUUACUCCAACCCUUACCGGCUGGUUUGGCAGUCUAAGGUUGGUCCAAUGCCCUGGCUGGGGCCUCAGACAGACGAGACUAUCAAAGGGCUUUGUGAGAGGGGGAGGAAGAACAUCCUUUUGGUUCCAAUAGCAUUUACCAGCGAUCACAUUGAGACCCUGUAUGAACUGGACAUCGAGUACUCUCAAGUUCUAGCUAACGAGUGUGGAGUUGAAAACAUCAGAAGAGCAGAGUCUCUUAAUGGAAAUCCAUUGUUCUCCAAGGCCCUGGCCGAUCUGGUGCUCUCACACAUCCAGUCAAACGAGCUGUGCUCCAAGCAGUUGACUCUGAGCUGUCCGCUCUGUGUAAAUCCUGUCUGCAGGGAGACUAAAUCCUUCUUCACCAGCCAGCAGCUGUGA